AUCGUAAUGACGUCAGGGGGACCCAAAUAGCAUAGGCGAACUUUGUAUGGGGUAGCCGCGGUGAUUUCCCUGUGGAUAAUCUGCUGUUAUCAGCAUCAUCUUCGUGAAUAUUACGAUCUUACUGUUGGCGGGUGACACACACUACCCUCGUCUUAUCGUGUUGCCCUCAUCUCAUCCAUCUCCCACCAAGAGAUGAUGCACCGUCGUCUCGAGGAACAGCGGAGAGUCAAUUCUAACGAAUCGUUUCCAAGAGUUGUUGCCCCUAGCGGGCCUCGGUACGGGGAGGUUGCCGAGAGUCUAAAUAGCGCCAUGCAGUUCCCCAUCCCGGGAUUUACUACAACGGUGAAUCCGAACGUCACUGGCGGUCACCACACCCAGUCUGUGCAUCAUGCGUUGCCAGGGAUACAGUCAGCGCCCGCCCCGGCGCCACAGCCGCACCCACAACCUGCCCUUGCUUCCGCCCCACAACCCAGUGCACAGGUUGUGUCUGACAUCUUUACUCACUCCGCGGCCGUCCAGGGUCAACAACAACAGUUUCAGCGCCUCAAGGUCGAGGACGCCCUGUCCUACCUGGACCAGGUCAAGCUGCAGUUCGGCAACCAGCCCCAGGUCUACAAUGACUUCCUGGACAUCAUGAAGGAGUUUAAGUCUCAAACGAUCGACACACCGGGGGUCAUCAAUCGAGUGUCCAACUUGUUCAAGGGUCACCCCGACCUAAUUGUCGGCUUCAACACGUUCCUACCCCCGGGCUACAAGAUCGAGGUCCAGUCGGAGACCAUCAACGUCCACCAACCCGGCCAACAGGUGGUCUCCAUCUCACAGGUGGUGUCGGCGACCACGCCCAACCUGCACCAACCCCCUCCUCCCCCUGUGAGUCUGACUGACUUGUUUUCAACAUUGGCAAGUUGCCGUCCCAUGGAGAAACCCCAACCUCAUGUCCCAACCCCCCCGGCUAGUCACAACCCUCCCCCCUCACACCAUUCCUACCACCAGUCACCCCGGCAGAACCCCGAGCCUACCCCAGCGGCCCCGCCCCCUCCUCAACCCCCACAUAAUCCCCCCACCCCCCAGCAGCAGCAGCAAGCCAGUCAACCCGUGGAGUUCAACCACGCCAUCAACUACGUCAAUAAAAUCAAGAAUCGGUUCCAAGGACAGCCGGAGAUUUACAAGCAGUUCCUGGAAAUUCUUCACACGUACCAGAAGGAGCAGAGAAAUCUGAAGGAGGUGGGGUCCUUCCAGGGUCUGGUGCCCCCCGGUUACAAGCCGCUGACGGAGGCCGAGGUCUACUCCCAGGUGGCCAAGCUGUUCCAGAACCAGGAAGACCUCUUGGCCGAGUUCGGACAGUUCUUGCCGGACGCCAACGGAUCGUCGUCCUAUCUGGCUGCCUAUGUCAGUUGUGGUGAAAAUUUUUUUCAGAAUGACUCGGCGUUUAGUAUUCGUAAUGACCACGCUUCCGCUGUCAAGAAGCCCGGUUUCAGUAACAAGAACCAGUCCGGGAAGACGAGCCAGAUAAAACGCCCCCAGUCAGGUUCCGUGCCACCAGCCAAGAAACCGAAGACCAGCCAUUUAAAGGAUGUGUCUUUGGCCGAGGCUGGGAAAUAUGGAACUCUCAAUGAGUUUGCUUUCUUUGAUAAGGUGCGGAAGGCGUUGCGGCAUCAAGAGGUCUAUGAUAACUUCCUCCGAUGCCUCGUGCUCUUCAAUCAAGAGGUCAUAUCAAGGUCAGAGGUCGUCCAGCUGGUGCAGAAUUUCCUUGGCAAAUUCCCGGAGUUAUUUAAAUGGUUCAAGGACUUCCUCGGGUACAAGGAGUCUGGUGGCGCCAUUGAGUGCAUUCCUCAGGCGGUGACGUCCAAGGAAAGAAUCAGUGGGGAACUGGCUAUGGAAAUAGACUUUGCUACGUGUAAAAGAUACGGAGCAAGUUACCGAGCAUUACCCAAGAGCUACCCUCAACCCAAGUGUUCAGGACGGACGGCAUUGUGUCGAGAGGUACUGAAUGACACUUGGGUGUCAUUCCCCUCGUGGUCGGAAGACUCGACGUUCGUCACGUCACGGAAAACCCAGUACGAGGAACACAUCUACCGCUGUGAAGAUGAACGGUUUGAGCUGGACGUUGUGAUCGAGACCAACUUGAUGUGCAUACGGGUGCUGGAGGCGGUGCAGAAGAAGCUGACGCGGAUGGCCCCCGAGGAUGCUGCCAAGUUCCGACUUGAUAACACGCUAGGAGGGACGUCGGAAGUACUUCAUCGGAAGGCGAUACACCGGAUAUACGGAGAUAAAGCGCCAGAUAUUAUUGAUGGUCUGAAGAAAAACCCUGUUGUGGCUGUUCCGCUUGUUUUACGAAGAUUAAAAGCAAAAGAAGAAGAAUGGCGUGAAUCUCAGCGAGGCUUCAACAAGAUCUGGCGCGAACAGAAUGAAAAGUACUACCUCAAAUCACUGGACCACCAAGGAAUAAACUUCAAGCAGAACGACGUGAAGGCAAUACGAUCGAAAACACUGCUCAAUGAAAUAGAAACAAUAUAUGACGAGAGGCAGGAGCAGCUACCGGAGGUGACGGGGGAAUCGGCGGGAGCACAUCUGUCCUAUACAUAUAAAGAUAAAUCCAUGAUUGAUGAUGCUGCCAGUCUUGUUAUCCACCACAUGAAACGCCAAACAGGUAUUCACAAAGAGGACAAGCAACAGAUUAAACAGUUAUUACUACACUUCAUUCCCGAUCUCUUCUUCAUGCCACGCGGAGAUCUCAGUGACGACGAGAUGGACAGAGAAGACGACAUGGAGACGGACGAAGGGGACAGGAACGACCAGGUCCACAGGUUCGACAUGAACUUCAUCUCCAGCAGUGAUAAAGAGCGCACCAUCCCUGACAGGAAGGAAGAUCCAGUGACGAUGAUGGAGAAUAAUGUUGUCAACCAACCCAAGAAACCCGUAGUGAACGGAACACUGGCGUAUGACGAGGCUGAUGGAUUAGAUGACGACAUGUAUUCGCUGUUCUUCGUCAACAACAACUGGUACCUGUUCCUGAGGCUGCAUCAGAUCCUGUGUGAGCGUCUGUCGUGGAUCUACACCAACACGCAGCGCAUCAUCGACGAGUCGAAGCACUGUCAGCAGGAGAGGAAGGACUCUACCUCCACGGCGCUCCGCCUCAAGACACCAUUUGAGGUGGAGCCGGAAUAUUACUACCAGUACUUCCUGGAGAUGGUCAAGAACUUGUUGGACGGCAAUAUGGAGGCGGGGCAGUACGAGGACCAGCUUCGGGAGAUGUACGGCAUCCACGCCUACGUCGCAUUUACCAUGGACAAGCUUGUACAGAACAUUGUCAGACAGCUACAGCACAUCGUGACAGACGAUUCCAUCCAGAAGGUGACAGAACAUUACUUGGAGGAGAAGCGGAACAACGCUGUUGGUGGUCGCCUAGCAACACAGCACCAGCGAGUAAUGGCGGAAUCCAAUUAUCAGCGUAAAGCCGAGAUGUUUCUGUCUGAAGAAAACUGUUUUAAAAUUGUCAUUUACAAGAAGGACUGUCGCCUGACCCUGGAGCUGAUGGACACAGAACAUGAUCAGUCGGAUGAGCCGGUGGAGGUGGAGCGGUGGUCGGAGUACGUUGAGAAGUACGUGGCUCAAGACGAGACCAUCUCCGACGAACUCAAGGAGCAACUUACCAAGAAACCAGUAUUCCUGCCAAGAAAUGUGCGUCACACCCGCCAACACAACAAAAACCAGAAACACAAAGGCGAAAAAGAACAAGAAGAGAAAGAAAAGGAGCGCGAGAAGGACGAGUCGGUACGGACGGAGGCGCAAGCGUCUGAAGACAUGGACAUCUUGGACAGCACUGGCUGCAAGUUCAACGUCAACUCCUUCAAGAUGGUCUACGUCGUCAACAGCGAGAGCUACUUGUACAAGAGGAUGGCGCUGCAGAGGGCAAGAGAGUCUCACAAACGGGUGUCGCUAAAACUACACGAAAAGUUCAUGAUCUGGGUGAACAAAUGGAGGAAGGAAAACGUCUCGUCCGAACUGGAAACACUGUCGUCGCAGUGGAUGAUGGGCAAAGGAGAGGACAUGCAACCUUGCAAAACCACGUGUGCAAAGACUUACUACCCCGACCGGGCCCCCUACUACCAGUAUCACCGCUACUCCGUCGACUACUACCCCCAGGUCAAAGCCCCGCCUGAGUAACCCAUCCCCAGGUUGAUGAUAGCUCUGCCCUGUCAGCAGAAACACUGACGAUCUGUUGUCAUGAGUAGAAGUUUAUCGUGAACCAAUAUUGUGAGAGAUAUAAUGAGGUAUCUUGGUGCUUUGGCGGAAACAAUCAAGUCAUCAAGUGCGGUAGGCAACCAAGGUUGCCUGCAUUUCAAGACACUGUAUGCUGUAGGCAACCAAGAUUGCCUGCAUGUCAAGUCACCGUCUAUGGUAGGCAACCAAGACUGCCUGCAUUGCAAGUCGCCAUGUGCUCUAGGCAACCAAGACUGCCUGCAUGUCAAGUCACCGUGUGCUGUAGGCAACCAAGACUGCCUGCAUUGUAAGUCACCGUGUGCUGUAGGCAACCAAAACUGCCUGUAUUUCAAGUUGAUGAGUGCUGAAGGCAAUCGACAAAGCCUCUUAAUACUAAAACUCUGUCUCGAGCGGUUUGAUGAUGUAAUCCAAGAUGGAUUACGGUUAAUGAUGGUGUCUGGUUCAUUCACAUUAAGGAAUGGAUAUUCAACACCCUUUUCAACUCUGGCGGAUGUGGUGUCGUCGAGUUGAAGGAUGUUCGGUGUGUGACGUUGCGCUGUCCGACGUAUUGUGUAUCAUGAUCGUUGUGGUGGGUGCCGAUGGUGUCCGGGGAUAUUCCAGGUGUAAUAGGAGGAAGGAGGAGUCUGUCGUCGCUGAAGCCGAUUAGCGGAUAUUCCACGAGUCCGCCAUGUUGUGUUAUGAGGGUAUUCCUUUACCUCGUAGCGUACGUGUUACGUGACCCAAGGCAGCAUUCUCGUUAGCUGUGUACUGUCCGUUUCACUUUCCGAUGUACUGGUCACAUAACUACAAAUCCCCCUAUGGCAACUUUCUUAUAAUUCUUACACUGAUCUUGAACCACUAUUACAAGCUCUGGAUAUUUUUAUGCCUAGUUCCAAAACCAUUUACAAAAUACACUAAAUGUGUCAUAUGCAAGUGCAGUUUGUCGAAAGUUAUGACCUGGGAAACUGGAAUUAUUGCUGCUACAGAAUUAUUGCUGCUAAAUUCAGCAAAAGGGUAAACAUAAGCUUGGACAAAAUAUGUUUUAAUUGAAAUAUUACUCUGAAUUUAAUUUGGCGAAUGGUUCAGGAACUAACAGGUAAGAAAUGUUAUUCUUAAAAGUCCACUCCGAUAGAGCUUGUGAAGUGUGCUGAAAAAUCAGAAUCCAUCUCAUGAAUGUUAGUGAAGGGCUUCUUAGCUCUGUUAGUGACCAAUGGACGUCGGUUUGUCAAGUGGACCAGCCCAUAGCUCUGUUUCCGCAGCUACAGUCUUGUAAUCUGGCCUGUUGACUGUUCUUGUAUAUCACCUGAUAUACAAUACAAACAUCAUGUUCCAACUUAUCGUCAGGAUUUUCCACAGUGAUGCCCUGGUCUGGAUUUGGUUUCGGGGAAUUGUCAGUGGGAGCCAGUUGUGUUCGGGACAGUCAGUACCACUGUCUAGUAACAUUGGUUGUGAUGUAUAUUAGGGCUGGCUAUCGAUAUAGAUCAUAGAGAUCGGUAAUUGUUAACUACAUAUCGAUCAAUUAUUGAUAAAUAUCGGAGAAGUCAUUUUGACCGAAUUACAAAUAUGCCCAAAUAAAAUCAACAUAUUUGACAUCACUUGUGAGUGGUGACACAUUUAUGCAUAGAUUACUUUGUGGAUAUUUAAGGUGUACCAAAAUCAGAUGCUUUCCAUCCUCGACAGUUGCAUGAUUAUGAAUAAAAAGUCUGUUUUGGUAAAUUAUAACUGUAUUUCAUCACACUAGUUUUUGUAAAUUACAUAUUAUCGAUAACAAUUUUCAUAUCUAAAAUCGAUAAUAGUCCUUCACAUUAACAAUAUUUCCAGUUAUCGUUCUUUUAUGCCAGCCCUAAUGUAUAUCAUGAUAGCGGACUUUGAUAACCAUGUCUCAGUUUCAAGUAUGGCAGUGAUGUGUUGUCAUGGUGUCUGUCGUUUGGUGAUAAAAAGGCUGAUUUUCUACCAAGAGGAUGUUUGUGUUUAGAAUUAGUCUAUUUUUAUUGUAAAUUAAACUAUUUACCUUAAAUCUUUUUAUUUCAUCUUUUAACUGUUACUGUCAAUUUACUUCCCUUUUUAUAUUAAUGUACAGGGUUGAUUUUCAUUAGUCCACUAUAAAUAAUUCAAUCAACGUUUAUUCAAAUCUAAAAAAAAGUGAAGGGUUUAUUUUUUGUAAGAUCUCUCUGUAAACAAGCUAUUCAAUGUAUCUGUGUACAUAACUGUUGACGGAUUCACAUGUAGCAGGUCAGACAAUGUACAAGUUAAAGACAGCAACAGUGAUUUUCUUUGUCUGUGGUAGGCUAGUGGUUAAAGCGUUUGCUUGUCACGCUGAAGAUCCGGGUUUGAUUCCCAACAUGGGUGCACUGUGAAGACCAUUUCUGGUGUCCCCUGCCGUGAUAUUGCUGGAAUAUUGCUCAAAGCGGUGUUCAACUAUACUUACUCGCUUAGGGUGCACGGGUGUCCCAGUCGUCGAAGGCGCCGUGAUUCGAUGUGCAGAGUUGCGUCCCUUGGGUAUGCCAGAAACCUAUGAUUGUGGAUUCGAAUCCUGGUUUGUCAGCACCAUACCCGUGCUCGUGGGUUUCACCGAAAUGGUAAACGUCUGAGACAUGCAUCACUUCGGGCUUUCCUCCCACAUUAAGCUGACACGCCGCGAUAUAACUGGAAUACUGUUAAAAGCGGCGUUAAACCCAACUCACUCAAUCACUCACUUACUCGCUCAUUCUUUGUCCAUAGGUACAAAAAUAAAAUAAUGUGAGGUCAGUGUGAAAUUGUGAAACUCCCAACAAACCAGACUGGUCGGUGACUCAUGAACUUAACAUCUGGAAAGUGACAAACGGGUCCACAUUUGUAAAUACACCCUAGAGUAGAUAACAAACAAACAAACAAUUUUCUUCUUCCACGUCAUUGGUCCGCAUCCUGACAUAAACCAAUCAGACACAUGCUUAAAAAACACACAAACUGACAACCAGGCAAUGUCAACAAUACUCAAAUCGAAAUUCGAUUUGCAGUUAAUGUGGUUAGAAAAUUAUUUCUUUUUAAAAUACAAUAUAACAAUAAUAAAACUGACUCAAAAUACAUACAGUAAUGUUUGUUGAAGUUGCUGACUAAUUUCACUUAUCCCAACAGGGUCGGUCGGGUAGCCUAGUGGUUAAAGCGUUCGCUUGUCACGCCGAAGACCCGGGUUCGAUUCCCGACAUGGGUACAAUGUGUGAAGCCCAUUUCUGGUGUCCCCCGCCGUGAUAUUGGUGGAAUAUUGCUAAAAGCGGCGUAAAACCAUACUCACUCACUCACUUAUCCCAACCGAUUAAACAUGAAGAAUUUUAUUUGUAAAUUUACAUUUUUCAUAUUUGCUAUCUGUACUACAACAAAUACUGUUAGCGUUUAGCGACUGUGCGUUCUGUGGAGAAUCCUGAUGGCAAAUAUUUGUUAGGGUUAUGUUUUAGAAACAUAAUGUUCCGUGACUUAAUUUGCGACCAAUUUGAGAAGUGUUCACUGGUAUCUCGGGGCCUGUGUCCAUUACAGCCCUAUACCUUAGCAUAGCUGAAUAUAACAUACUGAAGAUUUUGUAGCAAAGUCUUAAUUUCUGCACCCAUGUCUACAGGUCUGUCCCUAAUUUAACAGAGGAAGAAGACACAUCCUGUAGCGGUACUAAGAUGUUGAUUCAGCGCUAAGACAUCUCUGAAGUAUACUACUCAAAAAAAGUUAAGGACCACCCAAUUCAUACAUAUUACUAUAGUUAAUAUGUUAUGCCGUGACAGAUUAACUACAGUAUGUGAGUUGGGUGGUUCUAAGCUGUAUAGAUUGUGUAGUUUUGUAGGUAAAGCCGUAUGGAGAUAGUGAACGGAUUUGGGGUGCGUUUGGCACUCAAUUUUGAAAUAUAAAGUCAAUUAAGUGUUUUUGUAUGGUUUAUAAUUCUGUUCUGGUGUCCGAUGCUUCGAGGUAAGACUGGGACAUUUUUGUUUGAAAAUAAUGAUUGAUUCAUGAAGUUGUCGUGUUGGUCAGCGGUCGAAGCAUGUUUAUAUUGUAUAAUGUGUACAUUAUCAAUACUACAUUGUAGCCACCUUCCAUGUGUGCUGUACAUACGUCACGUUUCAUCCUGUAGCGAUAGUCGGGGCGGGGGCGGCGCGGGGGCGGCGCGGGGGCGUCUCUACAUACAGUGGACAUUGCAGUGUCAUCUUAUCACUAUUACAAUCAUUAAUACUAUAUUAUUAUGUAAGAAGGAAAAUGAUUAAACUUAUUUUGAAAACA